AUGGCGUCGGACUUGCCGAGCCCCGAGGCUCGUGAGUUGAGUCUAAUAGGCAAGGUCGAAUUCAGAAUUGCUAUGGCAGACACCGACGAAAAGCUUCAGUCACUCCUUCAGACCUAUCUGGCCCCUCUGCUGCUAAAGCUUGGGUCGGAAAGCGUUGCGGUUCGCAAUAAAGUGAUUUCAGUCUGCCAACACGUUAAUGCCCGGGUCAAAGCCCCCUCCAUCCAACUACCAGUGGCGGCGCUUUUGAAGCAAUUCAAAGAACAGAAGUCUCAACUGGUUCGACAUUUUGAUUUGAUCUACGCACAACAGGGAAUUGACCGGCUUGGCUCAGAAGCCAGGGUUGACCUUCUACUACCCUUGCUUCAGGGGAUCUCAGAAAUUGGGACCUCCGCUAAUCAGGGUGCCAUCGUGUUCAAUCUGGUGUUACGCCUCUUGCCUCUGUUCAAGAUACCCCCAAAGGGCAGCGAUGAAGAUCAAAAGCUGAGAGAACGCUUGGGCUUGUCCGACGAAGAUACUCAGUUCUUGUCCUUCUGGCUGACUAAACUCCUUCUCUUAUCCCCCGCUGCGGCAGAGGCUCGGACAUGCCCUGGUUUAUCUCCCAAUGAAUACACAUUCCUCAAUAAAGAUGCCCCUGUGGUCGCCCUUCGCUUCCUUGGAAGCGGUGCAUUCUCUGACAAACAACGCUUUUUACCUUCUUUGAUUGCUUCCGCCGAUUCGAAUUCUCGUUUAGCAGACCUGGGUGAUGAGACACUGAAACGGUUCGCCGUCGAUCUUGAGGAUUCAACUGUCAUCGAGCAACUAUAUGAUUUGUAUUUUGGUGCUGGGCGUGCUGAUGGAGCGCCCCCUGCCCGCAUGCAUCUACAAGUGAAGAUCCUCGUAUUCCUAGGGAAAUCUAUUAAGGCAACAGAAAAUAUCCAGAGAAUCUUUACAUUGAUUGAAGAUGGGCUACUAUCAGACGCUGCGAGGUCUUCUCAGGGAUUGCAAGCGUCUAAACUAAGAACUCAAAUAUUCACGUUCACUACCUGGGUUGUUCGCAUGGGCUCUCCUUCAGAUCUCAAGCUGAUUGCACCGAAACUGAUUGCAGGAUUGAAGGAUUUCAUCGAGUCCCAGGGCUGGCCAAGUCCUGCCGCGAGUGGUCAGAAACUACCUGCCACAGAUUUGAGCUUGCGGGGGCUUGCCUAUGAAAGCAUCGGUAUUCUGGUCCCGAAGGUCGACUUUCGAAUGCGAGAUGAAAAUGGCGAGAAUUUCGAGUUUGAUCUAGUGCGAUGGCUCUUUACAUCACUUCGAUCCGACGACUCCAGCUCGCAGAUGUUUGUCAGCAUCGACCAGGCCCUCGGGAGCAUCCUUAAUUCAUCAUUGGAGAGCCAUGAUAAGGAAUUUCAGGACCAAUUACGCCCGUUUCUGGUUCACCAGAUGGGUUUGCAUUCAGGAGAUACCGACCCUGAUACUGGAUUCAACGUGGUCCGCGGUGUUCAAUAUGCCGCCGUUCGCCUUGCCAAUCGGUUCCUCCCAUAUAACGAUGUGGUAGCACGGUGGGUGGAUCUAAUGGCCAUUGCACGUGGGCCGGAAAGGCAGCAGGAGAUUGUAGAGGAGGGCAACAAGGGCCUUCACCCUUACUGGUUCCGACUCCUCAACCCCAGCAAGGACAAGAAAUGGGAGGCGACUUCUGCCAUUCAAGAGCGCGACGAGACUUGGUUCGAAUUCCCGAAUUUUGCUCAAGCCACUAGCUUUCUAUUUGGGACCGCGGAGAAAGAUGAAACCCCUAUUGGCCAUAAUGUACCCAAUCAACAGCUCCUCGCAGGCCCGUAUCGAAAUGCCUUUGUGCCUGCUGUCUCGUUUCUCCGCAAUACACUUCUCUGGGAGGCAUUUUCUGCGGCUGGGGUCCUCACCGAUCUUGAGCAAGACUGGGACUAUAAACUCGAAGUACAGCUCUCCACCAGCGAAGAGGCACGAUCGGCGGUCAGACAGUAUAUCCACAGCUCAGCAAAGGAAUCUGUCUUUACCUUCCUAUCAGGAAUGCUUGAUGGACUUGCCAGAGAAGAUAUCACCGGGCUCCGCCAAUGCGGCAUCCACUUCGUGGAGAUCUGCUCGCUGACACCAAACGACGUUAUUGAGAAGCUGAUUUUUCGCGCAAAAUCAUUGAUUCGACCAAUUUUCAGCAAUGAUGAAGACAUCCAAGUCUCCUCAGCGCGAGCUUUUGGCAUUCUUGUGUCGCACCCUUCCGUCAACAAUAACUUACUGGGCAGUUUUGUGGAUGAUCUGGCUGGGACCGUCGAGUCGUGGAAAACCACCGUCGGCGAAGCUGCACUUCGCGUUCGUGGGGCAAUCCUUGCAUAUUCAUAUCUGCUUAGCCGACUUGCAUAUAGAAGCCUCAUUAACAAGAUUCCCGACACGCAUCUUAAAAAGUUCAUUGAUACAAUCCUAGAUAUCAUCGAUACUUCUCGCGACACACUUCUUCAGCGCACUGCAGAACUGGCUAUCGGCCAACUGAGUCUGUCUGGAAUUCUUUCGUACCAAGCCCUUUCCGAGGAUGUCUGGAAGAAAGCGCAGAAGAAGCUUUUGACUGAUGCCAAAUCAGAGAAUGACAUUCCCAUCUCGGCGCUAGGUCUCCUAACACUACCAUUCUCGCGUGAACCGUCAGAUAGCUCUUUGUUUAGAGAGUUCUUAGACUCCAUCUAUGGCCUACAUGGAAUAAAAAGCCCCGAAGUUCAGUUCACAAUCGGCGAGGCGCUGAGCAACGUUGCGGUUGGAUGGGAUUCGCGAGCGUUGAUUUCAGACUUUGAUGUGGAUGCAGAAUUCCCUCGCUCAGAUGUACCACGCACGGUCUUUUCUGAGGUCUGUGACAAGGUCAUAACCGACUGUGGCGCAUCCAAGCCCUCAUUACGCAAGGCGUCCGCCAUAUGGCUGCUUUCUCUUGUGAAGAAUUGUGGGCACCUCCCUGAAAUGCAGGAACGGUUGCGCAGGUCUCAAGCCACCUUUACCACCCUUCUGGGAAGCCGAGAUGAGGUGGUGCAGGAAACAGGAGCGCACGGUCUCAGUCUGGUCUACGAGAUCGGCGACCAAGCCCUCAAGGAUAACCUGGUCCGUGACCUGGUGGACUCCUUCACAGCCACCGGAUCCAAUCUCGGGGGUGGCAAUGUUACGGGGGAUACACAGCUAUUCGAGCCGGGAGCCCUGCCGACUGGCGAAGGCUCGUCGGUCAACACGUACAAGGACAUCAUGAACCUAGCCGCCGAGGCUGGCGACCCGACCCUCGUGUAUCGGUUCAUGUCUAUGGCCUCAAACAACGCUCUCUGGACGAAUCGGGCGGCCUUCGGUCGAUUCGGCAUCAGUACGAUCUUCUCCGACUCUAGUGUGAAUGGCUAUCUCGCCCAGAAUCCUAAGAUCUACCCCAAGCUGUUCCGGUACCGCUUCGACCCGAACCCAAAUGUACAGCGGUCGAUGAAUACUAUCUGGCAGGCCCUCGUCAAGGACCCCACCGUCGUCAUCGAUACCCAUUUCGAUCAGAUUAUGGAGGAUCUACUUAAAAGCAUGCUCUCGGGGCGGGAGUGGCGUGUUCGCCAGGCCAGCUGUACCGCCGUGGCGGAUCUGGUCUCUGGUCGCCGCCCAGAGAAGUAUGCCCAAUAUCUCGAUGAGAUCUACAGCAAAUCCUUUAAACUGCUGGAUGACAUCAAAGAGUCCGUGCGCGUGGCGGCUCUCAAGCUCUGCCAGACGAUCACCAAUUCGGUGAUCCGCACCCUCGAGACGGGCGGCACUGAGAAGCGCGCGGCAGCUCUACUGGGAAGUGCUAUUCCGUUCCUACUUAGCGACAAGGGGCUGGACUCGAGUGUCGAAGAUGUCCGGGGAUAUGCCAUCGGGGCGCUCGUGCAGAUCAUCAAGAAGAGCCCUGGCAACCUGCUACACCCUUUUGUCCCGAACAUCCUGGAGAAAUUCCUGAGCUCGCUCAGCUCGCUCGAGCCCCAGGCAGUCAACUAUGUCCAUCUAAAUGCGGACAAGUACGGCCUUACAGGGGAGGAGAUUGACAAGAUGCGCCUGUCCAGCAUCCGCACCUCACCGAUGAUGGAGGUGAUCGAGCGGUACUUGAUUGACCAUCUGGACGAGACGAACUUGAUGGAACUGGCCCCGAAGCUGGAGGAGACCCUGCGGUCCGCUGUGGGCUUGCCGUCGAAGGUAGGCUGUAGCCGGGUGCUGGUGCUGCUGAGCAUGAAGACGCUGCUCUUUCGCCCCUACGCGGACCGGUUCAUCCAGCAGCUCUGCAAGUACGUGGUGGACCGCAAUGACACGGUCAGCGCAUCGUAUUGUACCGCGCUAGGCUAUCUGAUGCGACUGGCGUCAGAUGAGCGGGUGCUCCAGACAAUCGAAUACGCGAAGGGCCUGUACCUGAACGCGGAGGAUGCUCGGCCGCGCACGAUCGCGGCCGAGAUACUACAGUCGUCGUCGAAGCUGGCCAACGACCGGUUCCUGGCCUUCGCUACGGCGGCCCUGCCGUUUGUGUUCAUGGGUAAGCACGAUGCGGACGCGCACGUGAAGGAAGAGUUCGACCAGACGUGGCAGGACAAUGUGGGUGGCAAACGGGCCGUGUCGCUGUAUCUUCGCGAGAUCGUUAGCCUCGUGGCGGAGAACCUGGAUUCGGCACGGUGGGCCAUCAAGCACACGGCCGCACGAGCCAUCGCCCAGGCGGUGCUAUCGCUGGACCCGGAACUCGACCUCCCCACCGCACAAUUGGUGUGGCCCGUGCUGGAGAAGGCCCUGUCGGGUAAGACCUGGGCUGGCAAAGAAAUAGUGCUGACGGCCUUGGCCACUUUUGCCCGCUCCGCUCGGGCAUUGUGGUUGGCACCCGAUCAGGCUGACUUACUGAAGACCAUUGCCGUGCGCGAAGCGAAGCGAACGAAUGCUGCCUAUCGACCACAUGCGCUCCGAGCUCUGGGGCAAAUUGCACAGGCUCGCGAGACGGACUGGAUGCCCGAAGCCCUCACGAUCGUGCCCCCCGUGAUCGAAGAAGUGUGCGACGAGGAGGAUGCCGGAGAUAAGAUGGAAAUUGAUUCCGGCGGGCGAGACUCGGAGACGCUGGCCGCUGCGGUCGAGUGUCUGCUGCAAUGCCUGAACCCCACUACGGCCGGGUCGGACGAAGUGCUGGGAGGAUACGUGCGACAGGUGAUCGGUCCGUUGGACCAGGCCCUGACCCACGGAGGACGACCUGUCGUCAGCACGGCCUACCAGGAGCUCCAUGCAUUCUUUGUCCGGAUGGAUCGCUGGUCUUCUGCUGCUGCUGCUGCUGCAUCCUCGACCUCACCCUCGGCCGACCGUGCUAGCAUUGGUGAACCGGUGGUGGGGCCGAUGACGGCCCUCGCCGAAUUGCUCACGCGCGACCGGGAUGCGGUCGAGACGGUGCGUAAGGGUCGCGCGGAAGCGAUCCUGGCGUUCCUGACGUUGCGGGCAUCGGUUCGCGGCGUGCCUGGCGAGCUGGGGGCGGCGGUGCGGGUGUGGAGGACGAGCGAGCGAUCGAGUGUGGUGCAGCGCCUGCUGGACGAGGCGCUGGGGCUGAUUCCAUAG